GUGGAGAGAUCCAGUGAAAGAGGGUGAUACAGCAAACGUCGGAUUAAAACCAGAGCUGUUACAGAAUGGAUUAAACAAUUAGCGUGACAUUCGAAAAGUAUAUAUACUACCUAGAAUAACUGUAAAUCGGUUACGGACUGUUUUAAUUUUAUAUAGCUAGCUAGCUUGCUAGUUAGCAAUUUUCAAAUAAUGCGACUCAACGCCUGGCAGUGAUGGAGGUGGUCUCUUGGUGCACUUGUGGUGGAUUUAUAAUAUCAGCUGUUAUUCUGUCGUAAGGAUAUUUACUUCAGAACCUGUACAGAGAUAUUUAAGGUAAAGCGAUGUUGAACUGUGUUUCGGAGUUCUCAUAAGAACGAGCGCGUCUGGAUAGCAAGCGAGCUAACUGUUAGCUGGCUAGCCAGCUAGCUAACGAGCUACGUUUGCAAGUGUUGCGGUCUCUGACGCCUGUUCAACAUUAUCACGGAGGGGAAGAUUUAAAUAACAAAGUUGAGCGGUGGAGGCAUAACUCGACAUCAUAGGCGAUUGUUAGAUUUUCGGAUUGCUAUUCAUUUCGGCGAAUAAAAUCGGCUGUCAGUCAAGGCUUUUAUCAUAACGGCCGCAUUCGUUACCUCUAUUUACAACUCCGUCAAGAACUACCCCUGGAAUUUUACAAAAAAAUGCAUCAUCCGGAGUCUGCAGGAGAUUCGACCGGCACCAGGAAAAUGGCGCACCCGGCAAUAUUUCCGAGAAGAGGUAGUAACACCGGCACUGGCAGUGUGUCCUCGUUGGCGACAAUGGCAAGUACGAGCGUUAGCAAUAAUGUUAUCCCGACUGAUGAUUACCAAUCGCCCUUGGUGAUACAGCCGCCGCUCCCGGCUGGGUCCUCCUCCCCAGGUCCCCAGCAUCCCCACAGUCUCAACCUGCUCUCCCAAUCUCAGAUGCAGUCUCAGCCUCUCCCGUCUUCGGGGGCACAGAUAAAAAAGAAGAGCGGCUUCCAGAUAACCAGCGUUACGCCGGCUCAGAUCUCUGUCAGCACCAACAAUAGCAUUGCAGAAGACACGGAAAGUUACGACGACCUGGAUGAGUCGCACACAGAGGACCUGUCUUCGUCCGAGAUCCUAGACGUGUCGCUGUCUCGGGCAACUGACAUGGGUGGACCGGAGAGGAGCUCCUCCGAAGAGACGCUUAACAACUUCCACGAGGCAGAGACCCCGGGCGCCGUGUCUCCCAACCAGCCCCCCCACCCUCACCCCAUCCCUCAGGUGUCACAGCACAGCACCAUGGUGAAUGGAACCGCACACCACCACCACCACAGCCAUCAUCCCCAUCACCACGGACACCAUCACCAACAAGUGCCCGCCGCCCACUCCGGAAUCGGCCCGCCGCCUGCGUCUGCCCCCGGGGUACCAGUGGGGGGCGCCGUUCCCGCCGCUGUCACCUCCACCUCCAGAGCUUUGCCCAGUGUGGCCCAGAAGUUGCCUGCAAGCAUGGGAGCCGUUUUGGAGAACGCUUCCGUCGUGGGCGCCGCCGGUCUCGUAGCUCAGCCUGUCGCGGCCGUUCCCCCGGGGACCACUGCUGGAAUCCUCUCCGCAGCUGCAGGUGCGACGAUUAGUGUCAUUAAUCCCUUGAUGAGCAAUGUCAGUAAUGUGAAUAUGUUGAGUUCUGCCAGCGUGCCUGGCCUGGGGGGAUCGAGCGGCGGUGGCAGCGGUGCCGGCCUCCCCCCUGGCCUAAUGAACCUGAAUAGCAGCGGCGGUGGCGUGCUGGGGAGCAGCAGCCAAAAUGUAACCUUGAUGCAGCAGCAAAGUGGGGCAGUCAGUGCCAGCGUCGCCAUGACAACGGCUGGCGCCAGCACCUCCGGCGCGAUGGGGCCCGUGGGUGGCGGUCAGGUCGGGGUGGCGGCCGCGGUGCAGCCGGCCGCAGCAGCCCCCGUCCUGCAAGGUCAGGCCCAGCCCCCCCAGGCCCAGGCCCUGCCCCCUGCCGCCACCAGCUCCCGUUUCAGGGUGGUGAAGCUGGACUCGAGCUCGGAGCCUUUCAGGAAGGGCAGGUGGACUUGCACGGAGUACUAUGACAAGGAGGCCCCCGCUGCCGCCGCGGCGACGACGACGACGACGGCGGCGCUGCCCGCCGCUGAGGGAGCGCCUGGCCACAGGGUGGUGGAGAGCCUGCGGCAGUCGGUGGCGGAGAGCGUGGUCUGCUCAGAGCGGGAAAGCACGAGCGGGAGCUCGGUCAGCAGCUCCGUCAGCACCCUGAGCCACUACAGCGAGAGCGUGAGCAGCGGAGAGGCGGCGGGCCCCUCGGCCCAGCAGGCCGUGCAGCAGCAGCAGCUGCCGCCCCCUCAGCCGCAGGAGUAUGCCCAGGCCUCGCUCCCGGGCCCACCACAGAGCAUGGCCCCGCCGCACGGGCAGCCCCAGGAUGUGGUGCCAGCGCUCAUGAAGACCAGCGCCGCCCCCUCCGUGCCUGUCACCGUAGGCCCGGUUCCGCAGCAGGCCUCCAUCACCCAGGGCAGCCUGCAGACCUCCAUGGGGCACGCGGCCCCAGGCCUGCCCCAGCAGCAGAUGACCUACACCCAGGCGGUGCAGCCCGCUCCGAUGCAGGUGGGCUACCCUCCCGCCCAGCAACCCGCGGUGCCUGCCACCGUGCCACCCACGCACGUCAUGCCGGCCGGCCAAGGAGGCGGCCUGCCGCCCGACUUCACGCAGCACCCGGCGGGCAUGCAGGCGGCCGUGCCGACGGUGGCCCCCAGCGCCGCCCACCUGCUGCCCCACCUGCCUGCUGGCGCGGCCCCCGGUCAGAACGGUCAGAUGAUGCCCGCCGGGCCUCCGCUCGCCGCCGUCGCCCAGCCCCUCCCUCAAGGACUCGUGCAGCAGCAGCAGCAGGGCCCGUCGCCCCAGAUCGCCCCUCCCUCGCAGGGCGUGGUCCUCCCGCACAUGUUGCCGGGGAGCGUAUCCGGCCUGCCUCAGCCGCUGACCCGCACCCAGCAGCUCCCCUCCCAACUCCCUGUGGAGCAGCAGCAGCCGCCUGGGGCCCAAAAUCUCGGGAGCCAGCUGCCGCCUGCCGUCGUCUCCAGUCAGGUGACAUCGAACGUGCCUCCGAGUGUCCCGGGUGACUCUCAGUCCGGUGUGGCCCAGGGCGCCCCGCCGGUGCCGAAUGGCAGUGCGGUGGCCCACCCCGCUGGCAUUGGCCUCGCCCUGGGCCAAGGGGCCCUGCCGCCCGCCAGUGCCCUGUACGCCGGCCUGCCCUCCCUGACUGCCACCCAGCUGGAGGACGCCCAGCGCCUUCUCUUCCAGCACCAGUCCCUGCUCUCUCUGCCCAAGCUGGCGGCUGGAGAAUGUGCCUCAGAAGCUGGCGCCUCUGUCGGACCGGAGGACAGCAGCGGUGUCAAUGCCUUACCUGCCUCAUCCAGCCUGUUCCCCCUGAAGACCCUGCCUGUGGAUGGAGAAGAGGACAGUUCUUCGGGUGCCAGUGUGGUAGCCAUAGACAACAAAAUCGAACAAGCAAUGGAUCUUGUAAAGAGUCACUUGAUGUAUGCAGUUCGGGAAGAGGUGGAAGUUUUGAAGGAACAGAUUAAAGAACUGAUUGAAAGGAACUCACAGCUGGAGCAGGAAAACAACCUGCUGAAAAACCUUGCAAGCCCAGAGCAGCUCGCACAGUUCCAGGCACAAGUUCAGAGCGGCUCGCCACCCGCGUCCACACAAGCAGCGGGGAUGGCCUCCCAGCAGCCCGCCCAGCCCGCCUCACAGAGCUCUGGGCCUUCGGCAUAGCACACAAGCUCUCUCAAGAGAGGGGCACCAUGGCAGAAAAAAAAACUGCAAGCAAACUGACUUAAGCUAAAGCACGAACAUGCCACAAUCACAAGGAGAAUUCCGGAUAAGAUUUUGCACAUAUUUAACUCACAAAACUUGACAAGUGUUAAUUUUUUUUUUUUUCUUUUUUUGAGAUGCUUUACACACUUUAGACAAUCGUCUUCAAUAAUGAAACUAUUAUAGUGGCAGAUAAUGAACAUUUACCAAAAUCCGUGGACUACUGAAAUCAUUGGUUAUACUUUCAUGUGGAAGCAGCUUACAGAAUCAUCGUGCCUGCGUCUAAGGAUUUCCAGUGAUGUUGAUUACAGUGGUGACUCUGGAAUUGUACGGGUGUUGCCACGCUUCACUUAAUUUUGUAGUGUAAAUAUAUCUUUUUUCAUGGCUGUGAUCUGAAUAAAGAGCAAGCACUUUCUCCGCGACAAAUGUGAAGAAACACAGAGGACCAUCGACUAACAAGCCCCCCAUCUGGCAUGGGGAACAUGAGAGAAGUUGACUUGAGAUCUUUACAUCACUGUCAUCAGUAUGUUUGUUUGGAUGAAGAGAGUUAACUUGCAUAAGGAGGGUAAUGCAUUUUUCAGUAUUCAAGUUUGGACUCCUCAUUCCUGUCCUUUUUAAAUUCAAAGCUGCUUUUCCCCCAGACCUGUGACACCUAUAAUAAUCAGAGGGAAAAUGUUUGGGGCUUAGCUGAAUUUCAGUGAGGAUUGUUAGGCUUGUGUAUAUUUGUGUAUUUAGUGUAAGUACUCUGUAAAAUAGUAAUAACUGAGAGAUUGCUAAAGAAAACAAAUCUUGUAAGUAUCUAGGCUGUACAGAUUGAAAUGGAGCUGUUCAUGGGCUGAGCAAGUUUGGAUAGUCUUUUUAAUGCUGCAAAUCAGGAAUGCAGCUUUGCAUCAGUUUGACAUUUAUCCAAUAGUAAACUGUAUUUGGUUUUCUUGGCUGCAUUGAUAAACCCUACUGUAAACCGUUGUUCACUUGAAAUAAUUUUUAAGUAUUGCACCCUUGUGAACAUUUUUUCUUUUGACAGUGAAGCACUGCGGAUGUUCAACCUUAAACCUAGUCUUAAUAACAUAACAAACAUAACAAACCUGAUAUGGAUUUUGCAUAUAUGUAUAAGUUGUAUGCCAUGUUUUGUGCAUGUUCCUCAGACCAGAAAAAGUUGUAACAUAAUUUAAUUGCACUUGACAGUUGCACUUCUCAACUUUCAAUAAAACGAAAAAAGGAAAACUGAA